UACGUAGAGGAGAAGAUACGCCCUACCGGGGAGUUCGCUCGAGGACUUAAGUACUAUACAAUAUUACGAAUUUUUUUACCUAAAGAAUUAGAUAAUAGAAAAGCACUUUACCCUAAUAUAAUCCUCGAGCGACCGGACUACCUUAAAGCGAACGGUAUAAAGGAGCUUUAUAUAAAGGCUAUAAUCGAAGUAGAGGUCUUUCGAAAUAACGAUAGAUCCCCGGCCGAAGGGGUAGCCUUACAAAUUCCUCUAUAA